GGUGAUCACCUGAUCAGUGUCAGUACAAAAUAAUGUACAAAUACAAAUAUUCUUGUCCUCGUAUCUCGCUCGUGAUGAUUAAAAAUAUGUUGAAUGUGAAAAUUAAAAUAGUGAUACUAUUAUUUUCCAAAUUUACUGCGAUUAAUUUGUGAUAAAAAUAAUUUUGAAACAUGGUUAAUGUAGACGUUGAAUUUUGCGGCACUUGUGGACAUAUUAAUAACUUUAAUGAUAUGAAAGAAGUUGUCUUGGAAAGGGUCCCCGAAGCAAAAGUUUCUGGUAGAGAAGGAAGACAAGGCUCCUUUGAGGUUGAAGUGAAUAAAAUACAAAUCUAUUCAAAGUUGAAAACGAUGGCGUUUCCUGACUUUGAUGAAGUUGCUGAUAUUGUUGAAGAUGUGGCCAAUGGCGGAAAAGUCAGACAAGCUAUCAGACAGCAGCCAAUAUCUUGUUGUAUCCAGUAAAUUCAUCAUUAUAAUUUGUUUUUACAAUAUUCAAUUCAUAUGGUGCUCCAUUGGUGGUGUGGAAUCUCACCUUAAAAUUUGAAUUUAAUAAAAAUCGAGUAAAUUUGAAUCAGUAGAAAAAUAGUAGUUCUUCGAUCAUUAUGACUUUCAGUAUUAGUCAAUCGCUUGCAUUGUAUAAAAUUUAAAUCUACUAUCAAGAUUAAGAUAAAAUAUUGAUUUAAUAAAAUAAUUAUGUACCACCUAA